UGGUGCCAAUACAAGUACAUCCAUCUAGAAUCAAUUUUAUAAAGUACUAAUCUUCAUUAGCGUCACGAGUGCGCAAUAAAGCCUAUCCCAGCUAAUUUGGUGAAUAAACUUAACAAUUUACACUCACAAUAGACAGUUAAGAGUCUUUAAUGAAUCUAACUUGCAUGGUUUGGGAAUGUGGCAAGAAGUACCCAGCGAAAACUCACGCAAGCACGGAAGAGAACAAGCAAAUGCUUUCAACCACCCAGAUGCUCAGUAUGAUACUUGCCAGGAAAAACAAUGGAUUAUGUUAUAAAGGACCUUUGCUUAAUUUAACUCUUAACAAUGGAGCACCCACCCCCAAUGUGGACAUAUAGAGGGGCUUACUAUCUUAAUCCUCUUGUAGUACGUAUGUAUCUGCUGUCUUAGUUCGAGGGAGGCAGAAACCUUGCAUUGGGCUGAACCGCCAAGAAUGUAAAGAUUUAGUCUUCUAAUUAACUAUGAAUGAUUCAUAAUCGCUGAACUCACCAUUGUGUGAAAUCUCACAAUAAAAGUGUUUGAUUAUGAAUUUCUUUGUGUAAUUUAAGACAGCUGCAAAAAGGUUCACAUACUUUUAUUCUAUGUUCACAUAGUUCUCCUUAAAUCACCUAUUCAAUCAAUGCUGAGUCUAAAUGAUCGUUUAUGUACGUAUGUCCUGAUGCAUUUGUUCAGAUAUGCCAACCUGUCCACAUUACCUCAGCCGGGGAGAUCAACAGGGGAUAAUGCUAUUUAGAUGUCCUGUAAGCACAUGGAUCCUCUCAGUCAGCAACAUUAAUGGGGCCAUGAGGCAUCCUGCUUAGAUCUUCCAUGCUUAGGUAAAAGGCUGUUUGACAGAAGGAAUGCUGGCAGCUUGUGUCAACCGACAUGGGGAGCACUGGCAAGAUGUUCCAGUUCUUCAACAGGAGACAAAGUCUCUUCCCUAACUACAAAGUCACAGGUUGUGACGUUAAUCGGAGAUCUUCAGAGAUUGUUUAUCCGUCGGCAAAGGAGAGCUGUGUGAGGACAUGGAACUCCAUGCAAGAGCUGAGCAAAGACAUCUACGACAUCUACGCCGAAUAUGAAGACGAAGAUGAUGAUGCCCAGCAGGGCCCCUCCAAGCACAUUUCCCUAUCCAAGAAUUAUAUGAUCAACAUCAAUGUAGGUGGGAUGCCCUUCCAAAUUGCCUACAAGAUGGCAGCGAGGUACCCCAAGACCAGAAUUGGACGACUGGCCACUUACACCGACCACAACAUGAAAGUGGACCUGUGCGAUGACUACAAUGUGACCAACAACGAGUUCUUCUUUGACAGAGACCCCGAAAUCUUUCACAGCAUCUUCAAUUUCUACCGGACCGGUGUGCUGUGGAUCAAGGACGAGCUGUGCCCCCGCAACUUCCUGGAGGAGAUCAACUACUGGGGGGUCAGGAUCAAGAACACCCACCGCUGCUGCCGCAUCUCCUUUGAGGAAAGACAGGACGAGCUGAACGAGCAGCUGAAGAUCCAGAGAGAGCUGGAAGCCGAGGUGGAGAUCGAGGAGAACGAAUCGCUCUUUCAAGAUAUGUUCAUGGGCCAAAGGCGCCGAACCAUUUGGAACUUGAUGGAGAAGCCGUUUUCUUCCGUCAUGGCCAAGUUGAUGGCGGUGACUUCCAGUCUCUUUGUCCUGAUCUCGCUGGUGGCCAUGACGCUGAACACAGUCGAGGAGAUGCAGUACAGAGCUCAUAUGGGACAGCUCAGUGGAAAGACUUACUGGGAGUACGUGGAAUCCAUGUGCAUCGCCUUCUUCACCAUGGAGUACCUGCUGCGCCUGAUAUCCACCCCAGACCUCAAAGCCUUCGGCAGGAGCGUGCUCAACACGGUGGACCUGAUAGCCAUCCUGCCUCUGUAUCUCCAGGCCAUUCUGGAAUUCUUUGACAACAAGGAAAAUUACAUGAAGCACGAGGCCGACAUGCAGGCCGUGGGCCAGGUGGGAAAGCUCGGACAGGUCUUGCGCAUCAUGAGACUGAUGCGGAUCUUUCGUAUUUUGAAGCUGGCCCGACACUCCACGGGCCUGCGGGCGUUCGGCUUCACUCUGCGCCAGUGCUACCAGCAAGUCGGCUGCCUGUUUCUUUUCAUCACCAUGGGGAUCUUCAGCUUCUCUGCUAUGGUUUACACUGUGGAGCAUGACAUGCCCCAAACAAACUUCACCAGCAUUCCUCAUGCGUGGUGGUGGGCAUCUGUCAGCAUCUCCACGGUGGGCUACGGCGAUGUUUACCCGGAGACCAUCCUGGGUCGCCUCUUUGCUUUCAUCUGCAUCGCUUUCGGAAUCAUCCUCAACGGUUUACCCAUAUCCAUCCUCUUCAACAAGUUCUCAGACUACUACUCCAAACUCAAGUCCAAUCAGUACACAGCCUCCCUCAAGAAUAGAGGAAAAGUGAGAUUCGCCAAGAGGACCGUGCAGAAGCUAAACGACUGCUUUGGAAACAACCACUUCCAUGCGAACUGAAGUAAUUGUACUCUGUAACAUAUUUGUGGAGUGUCAUAUUCUCUACUUUGCUGCCUUAACAAACCCGACUAGAGGCCUGAUGCUUGAUCGAAACCUCUUAGCAGCAUAAUAGAUCAAAGUUGGCUGAAGAUUAAAUACCUGACCAGUCUCAUCAACAUUUGCUUUUGGAAGCAGAAACGUUUUUAAAUAAAUCACCAUAAAACAGAAAAUUAACAUGGACAUAAAUAUAUGGUUGAUUAUUACAGCUAUUUAUACUCCUACGGCAAUAAUCCGACCCGCCAUAUCAUUUUAUGUGGCCCCGCAAAGGCAAAUCAUAUGUGUGCGCUCAAUGUUUCCUAGUAUAACUAAACUGUAAAUUGUCUUUAAUAAACGAGAUAUUGUAAUGAAUUUUUGUUUCAAUCCCACUUUCAAAAUAAAUCAUAAAAUUGCUGACUUUUUUUUUUUUUUUUACUAAAUUCUGUUGUGCAUAUGUGAUAAUUUGAGUGGCCAUCCAUUUCUAUUUAAUUCAAUAAUGGCCCCACGAGAGAAACCAUCACUACGAUUUGGCCCACAACAAAACGGAGUUUGACACCCCUGGUCUGAAAGAAUGGAUGUCCCUACAAAGUCGAGUACCCAGAGAACACAGGCAAGUAUGGUGAGAACAUGGAAACAUUUGCAAUCGUUCUGUCCUUAAGAAGCGGUUGUUGGCCACAACUUCUGUGCAGACUCACCUACCAACACAACUCCAACUUCUGAAAUCACU